AUGUCCACCAAGAUGCUAAGGAAACCGGUUUUAUGGAUUCGCAGACACAAGAUGCCACCUUCUUUCACGAUAGGACGAGGUAUAAAUUGCACAGGUACUUCUUUUCCUUCAAAAAUUCUUCAACUAAUUACGAAGAUGAGGACUCAGAUAUUUGUGUUAAUAUUUGUUGUCGGUUUGAUCAUUCCACACAAUGGUCUGCCUGCUGAGGAAACUAAUGACGCUUCUGAUACUUCAUCGCAACCAACACCUGAAGAGGAUGGACAUGCAGGGGAAGGUACAACAGAGGGCAACACUCACGGUGGUGUUAUGGAUAAUUUGGGACAAGUUUUAGACGGCAACGGUCUGGUGCACUGGUUUGAAGAUGUUUCAUCGUGGCUUAAUAGAUUUCCAAAUAUAUUACAGGCUUCUAAAAAAUAA